GACGGUUUUUCAUCUUGUCAGUCAGCCUUCCUGCUUCCACGGGAGCGGGUCGAACGGUCUCUUUUCCGCGCGUUUUCCGCACUUCCGAUCUUGUAUACGUAUCUGUAUGAGAUAUAUACCUGUCACGCGCGAGGACGAUGAGGUAUCGCGUAAGCCGACUUCCAACGACGAUGAUGUGCGUCGUCGGCGUCGUCCUUAGGAUGGCGAGUACGUCGCCCGCCGAGCCCUUGCCCUCCGUCCUCUUGGAUGGAAUCGGUAACGUUGCGAAUAGUGCAACUAAUUUCCUAACAAGAGUCGUGCAACGGCAAAAAGAACUAUUGCAUCGCGUUACGGAUACUGCCGCGGAAUACAUAACCAACGCAGUGGAGAGACCGAGAAAUUUAUUAAUCAACGCCACCCGAAUGACGACCGGAGUCAUCGACAGCGCCGCGUCGAUGGGUCUCGAGUUCAAGUUGCGAAGAUUCUUGGAGAAAUUCCGCGUCCGAAUGCGCAACGGCAUCCCGGAGCUAGGUAUCCCUCCGCUCGAGCCGUUCACGCUCGACGAAAUCGACAUCGACACGGAUAAUCCAGAAAUAGGAAAAGUACAUCUAGUGAUCGAAAACCUGGAGUUGAGGAAAUUGUCGACCUUUCUAAUUGACCGAGCCAAGUUGUCGCUGAUCGGUCCCACCAUCGCCGUCAACAUUUCCAUUCCCGAGAUCUUGGCGACGGGCUAUUACAAUAUUUCCGGAAUAUUGGGCGAUAUAUAUCCGUUACGCGGUGCAGGUCCCUUCGAGAUGACUGUGAGCGGCUUCCGUGCCUAUGCAAACACCGUGCUAGGCUACGCAAGAGGAAUGUAUCUGAAGAAAUUCGAGCUCGACUUCUCAUUGCGCGGCAUCAAGAUAUAUCUGGAGAACUUCAUGGGCGGCGAGAAGAUCGGGCAAAUUAUGAGCCAAGUUUUUGAGGAGUUAACACCAGAAGCAAUGGACAUCAUUAAACCGGAUAUAUUGCCGCCUAUUCAGGAUUACGUAGCGAGCCACGUGAACGAGACGAUUCAUCAUCUCACGAUGAGAGAUCUGUUUCGCGUUCUUCUGGGCGAGUACGAGUUCGGCGACAUCACGCACUUAUUGAUACCUUGACAAAAAUAUCUGUGAAAAAUUGUAAAAAAAUAUCGCCAAGUUAUCGGGUCGCGCAAUAAUUAUGAGCGCAAUAACACGAGCUUACCGCACCUGAAGACUGUCCUCGUUCAAGGUAUAAGGGGCUAAAUAAUUGCAGAAUGCGUCAAAGCCAUUAGAAAGGACAAUAAAAUAUAAAAUGGGAUAGAGUUUAAUUGACUUUCAAAUUAACUUUGUAUUGCGUAAUACGCAUAAUGAUAACUUUGCGUGAUACGUACAACGAUAAUUUUGAAGGUCUUUGACUACCUUGCCAGUACAUUGUUAUAUAUCAUUAAGAAUUAAUUGUUAUACGCUAGUUACGCUAAACGCAAUAUGCGCCAUGAAUGUCGGUUAGGAUUAUUAUUAUUUGGAAAGCAGCGUGAUAGAAUUAAUGUUAAUGUUUUGUUAACUGUUAUAAAAUAAUUAAGUGACAAUGUACAUGUUGUAAAUGGCACCGCAAUUUUAUCGAAUAAGAUCGUUACAAUGUAUGUAGUAAUCACAUAAAAUUUAUUAAAUAUUUAUAAUAUUAUAAAUUCACAUAUUUAUACGUAUAGAAUUAUUCGUGAAACUGCAGUAUAAUAAUGAUUCAACGAUUAUAAUCUCGAUUCUGCGUGAAAAACAUUUCGUUACCAAAUGUCUACUUUCUU